AUGGAAACGGAAGUGUUCGUCUCAGCAAAUGCUAUUCCCCUCACUACAUCAUCCAGCGCAAAAGAUUCACGUCGACGUCAGUAUCGAUCUUGCGAUCGAUGUCGUGUAGGCAAGCGUGCCUGCAAUGCUGAAUACGACUCGGUAGCAGAAGCGAUUAACAACAAGGUCGCCUGUUCGAAUUGCCAGAAAAAGGGUAAGACGUGCUCUUUUCAAUAUGUGCUCUCCAUUCUCGGUGGUUUACCCAACACGGCUGGACAAGCUGUUGUGGCAAGCAGCACCAGCGAGGUGACUUCAGACGCAUCAGUUUCGGCUGCAAAGGAGGUCAGCCAUAACAUGAAUCACAACCGGUCGCACCUCCGGAACGAGAUGGCACCCAAAACAGCACCGCUAGGGCUUGUUGCAGGACAGAGCUGGCUGCUUGAAAGCUCGGCAACAAGCUCGCAAGGUGGCAGGGACCAGAAUGGUACACCGCACCACCCCACAGACGAGACGGUGACGAUGACGAUGGCAACAGCACUUAACACCCUGUCAAGCAUCUCACCAACUUCAUCGACCACCCGGAUGACCAGCACCAUCGACCGUAUCUUCCUCAACGACGGUCUCAUCCGCAUCUACGAGGGUGCAGCCGAACACGCGCUUCAGUGCUGGGUCACUUCGUCCAACACGCCCUACCUGCUUUCUCAGCCCUCUUCCUCAACUUCAUCCUCAAGCCAGCAGCUAGUCUACUGGCGAAUCUGCGAGCUAGACCGCGGAGCACGAACGCUUCUCGGUCACACUUCUGUUGGUUCAACCAGCCGCGAGAAGGAAAUCAUGGACGCCUUCCACUCUGUUGUCCUCGCAUUCGCUGCUCAAUGGAGUCCAAGAUGGGUUCCUAGCCUUGCUCGAGCGCACAACAAAGCUGCAGAGGACAAGGUAAGGCUAGCACUGUGGGAACGCGCCAGGGAACAGUUGCAAAAGGUGGCCGGCAUCGAUUCAUUCCGCGUCAUCUUUGCGCUCAUCAUCUUUGCGUGGACGGAAAAGCCGAGGCAGGUCGUGGAUCGUGCGUUAUGCGAUGCUGAUGUGGAUUUGAACGGUGACAAUUGUGCUUUGGACACCAGCGCGUGGCAGUCGCCUACGGAGGGGAGUACGUUUUUGUUGGUGGCAGCAUUGAGAAAGUUGUUGAGUAUCAAAUUCAAGAUUGAGGGUAAGAAACGGAGAGGUAUUUGCCCAUGGAAUGCUCCCAAUGGGAAAGUAAAAGGCGACGGGCCAACAUUGAAAGGCAACACUAAUGCUCAUGCCGAGCCGGCCAUUCAGCAAAGUCAAUCUACUGUCGAUCUUUCCGGCGUUAACGAGAGGAAAUCGAUGGCCAUGGCAAGCAAGAUCCAAUCCGAUCUCGAAGAUAAACGCCCCAAACCUGCAGCACCAGGCGGGAGCGCUUCUGAUAGCCGCAAGGUCGACACUCGUGUGGCUGCAAAUCCCGAAGAAUUAUCACGCAUGGAAGGUACCUAUCACAUGCUCUACUGGUUGUGUGUUGUCAUCGACACCGAAACCAGCGUCCUUCGCAAGUACCCGCCCGUGGUAUGCGAUGAAGAUAGUGAAGUCAUGUCUUGCGUCCCUGGCGUAACGCCUUCGUCAAACUUUGCCGGACGAAAGGGCAUCUGGGACGACUACAUCCUCGACUCGAGCAAGCUCAAACAACACACAGAAUUCUCGAGCUCUUGGCCGUGCGACAUCUCGAAAGCCGCGGCAACUUUAGCCUUUUCGGCGCCCGUCAAAGUCGUCAUGUUCCGCCAGAUCAGUCGACUUCAAAUGUCGUUCUGGCGACGCGCUUCUACUUGUUCAGUCGAACAGCAGAUCCGUAGCGGUCUGUCUAUCAUCUAUCACUGGAACCAGUUGUACGGCCCACUGAUUGACAGCUGCCGUGCUUCACAUGCUGAGCUGCCGGCAAGCAUUCAAUCGUGGUAUGUGCUACUCGCUUUUCCGUGGUAUCUGGCGAUCUUGCUGUUUGUAGAAAUGGUACAAACAGUGGAUAUGGCAGGGGCGAGCGAUGAGCUGGCGAGGUUUGAACGCGCGAGAUCUGGGAUCUUUCCGAGACUUCGGGAUCGUGCCUGCUCGGAUCUUGCUUUGCUGAUCACGGCGAUCCAGAGCACCUCGUUCGACCACCUCGAACCAACGUUUGAGUACGUGCGCGAUUCAGGGAGCAAUCUACUAUUGACAGAACCGUGGUCAGAGAUCUUGGUGCAUAGCAUUACGGCAGUGGUCAAGACAGAGGUAAAGCUUCACGAGGGCUACUGCUCCUUGUUCAAAUGGAAGGAGCUGGACGAGAGUCACGAGCGAAUUCGGAAAUGCUUGUGGGCUCUAGACCAAUUGUCAGAUCGCUCCCCGUCUGCGCAGAUGGCGUAUGAGCAGCUGGAGAAGGUGUCGAGUGCGAGAAGGCAAGCUCAGUUGGCGUUUCAGCAGAUUCCCAUGGCUAGCCCACCACUGCAUAGAGAUCGCUUGGCCGUUACGAGCAGUGGUAGCGUGGAUGGCCUUGGAGUACCCAGCCCCAUCAGCGAUGUGGACAGCCUACGUGCCAACUCGAGCCUGGAUGGUCCGAUAAAAAGCGCCGACGUUGCUGCAUUGGGGUUUCCUGAAAAUGCCCUUGCACAACAGCAGGAUUUAUUGCAAUCGGCGAUCGACACGUACUUCGCCUUCAAUCCCACCCCGGAGAUCCAAUCGAUGCCUGUCGAUGAUCUUGGGACAUCGAGCGGCAGAGAUACUGGCAUAUCCGCAGUAGAGCUGCACCCAGGAAACAACCCGAGCGAAGACAUCCGGCAAACAAGAGACUACCUCCAUCUACUCGAGGUACUGGAACAAGCAAAGUGCGGACAGUCAAGCACUCUGACCUCCAGUCUGCGGCAGGACAUAGCUGCUCUUCCCGGUGCAGAGUUCUCGAUCCAGCCAUUAUCGAUCCUCGAGAUGUUGGAACGAAUGACGAAUCAGCCAAUGAGAGACCCGCUAACGCAUAGCUCAGAUUCGUCAGCGAGCUCGCUGGAUACAGCUUUCUCAUUCGACUCUGCCGUUGGUGUCGCCGGUGAAUGUUUUGUCGAUCUAGACACUGCUUCGAAUGCCGCAUCUAGGGAUGUGGUGAUGAUCAACAGUAUGGCUUCUGUUGCGCAUUUGCCGGCGUCUUGGGCAGCAACCAGCGUUACGAGCUGCAGCACCGACACCGAAUCUGAGUCAUCCGACCAUCAUGGCGCCGCGAGGAAGAAGCACAAAUCCAGCCAUCAAAUGCAAGUCGAAGACGUAAGCUUCACAUCUGCCCAACCACCGCUUCCAUACCCUCUUCACGCCCUACAAGAUGCGAAGCUCAAACAUCCGGAUUACAGGUUUACGUCGCUACCCCUCCAGUCACCUGCACUAUUCCAUCGCAAACACGAUGAUCUCUACACGGACGACGACGAUGACGAGCUCGUCACCUACCGAGCUAACUUGUCCAAACGCAAGCGUUCCGUCAGCAGCACGAGCUGUGACAGCAAUGCCCUUCGAGCACAGUUUCCGUCUCCCAAAGCAAGCAACGACAGGGCCACCCCACUUUCUUGA